AUGGAUGCUCAGAACAUGGAGGUGAAAUGGUACCGAACCCAUCCUUCAGGUCUAGUGCAUCGUUAUGGUGCUUCCCAGGAUCAUAUGGAACAUCAGAUGUCUGAGUACCAAGGAAGGACACAGCUUCUGACUGAGAAUAUCACCAAAGGGCAGGUGACCUUAAGGAUCCGUUCCAUCUACCCUUUGGAUGAUGGCGAGUAUAGGUGCAUCUUUGAAAGCUCCACAUACUACAAUGGGGCAAACGUUGAAGUGUUGGUCACAGAAAGAGACUUGAGGCAUAAAGAUAAAGUCAUUAGUUGGACUCUCUUGCUAAUGGCAUCUCUGUCUUCACCUUUGUACCAGCACUGGGAGCCACCACCGUGCCAUCCAGGUUCAGGUGCUGCUCCUCAUAUUCACAUUAAGCCUGGUAACACCAAGGAAGUUAAGCUGACCUGUACAUCCACGGGGUGGUUUCCAGAGCCUCAGGUGCAAUGGAGGGACCAGCAAGGACAGCUUUUGGCACCAGACUCUGAGACAAUUGCACCAGAAGGAAAUGGACUAUUUGGGGUGAAAACAUCUAUAACAGUGGAUGAAAGUUCAAAAGAUGUGACCUGUCUCAUAAGGAACCCAGUCCUCAGCGAGGAGAAGGAAGUGCACAUUUCUGUGGCAGAUGCCUUGUUGCCCUGGUCCUAUCCCUGGAUGGUGCUGUUUGCUGUACUCCUUCCUGUCCUGGUUGUUGCUGCAACCUUUGGUGCUGUAUAUGCUGUGCGAGCUAGAAAAGCCAAAGAACUGUUAACUGCAGAGAGAGACAAAUUAAUGAAAGAAAAAGAAGAAAUAAAGAAAGAGAAAGAUGAACUCAGUAAUGAACUUGACAGAAGAAUCGCCAUAGGAGUAGAUGGUCUGAAUAAAGCUCGAAAAUCUGCAGCAAACAUAUUACUGGAUGAAAACACUGCUCACCCUCAUCUUCUGGUGUCACAUGAUGGAAAAACUGUGACUUCUCUUCCAGAAAAACAAAAUCUUCCUGAUAAUCCUAAGCGACUUGAUAGUCUGGAGGCUGUGCUGGGUCAGAACAGCUUCUCCAGUGGUGAGCAUUACUGGGAGGUCUGUGUAGCAGGGAAGAACAGGUGGGCAAUAGGACUGUGUGAGGACUCAAUUCCCCGGAAAGGACAGUACAUCUCCGCUAGGCCUGAAAAUGGUCUCUGGACACUUUCCCUGAAGAAUGGUCAGUUGAAGGCACUUGGCAGCCCGCGUUUCCUUCUUCAUGUCCCAGAACCCCUUUUGACCGUGGGUAUUUUUCUGCAGUAUGAAAAAGGGCUGAUCUCUUUCUACAAUGUGACAGAUUGUACCAUUCUCUAUACUUUCAAAAGCAACUUCAAGAAGUCCCUGAAACCAUAUUUUUAUCCUGGACCACCCACUAGGAGUAACCGUAAUGGCCUUACCAUCCUCCAGGUAGAGCCUGUCCCCAGUAAGUCACUCAUGGCUGAGAAACAGUGAGGAGUCGUGCUCAACCAUGAUAGCACGUAGUCAUCCGCCAAGCAGGAUGCUGCGGCCAGGGGAUGUGAGGAUCUACC